GCGAGAUGGAAAGAGACAUUUGCCGCAGGCAGCAAAGAGUCGCGUCUGGGGGACUGCCUCUGCGCCGUGGAGCCCUUUUCCUGCCGCCAUUCCAGGGAUUUGUUUUUUUGUUUUUUUGUUUUGGCUUUUGUUUAGCCCUCCCCAUUUCCUGAGCUGAGCUGGGACUGACGGACAGGAAGGCUUCGGCCUGAUCCAGCCUUUGACCUGGCGGAGGGUGAAUCGUGCCCCCUUCAGGUGGGAGCGGCCCCGGAGCAGGCGAGGUGUGGCUCCCUGUCUCCGCUUCCUGAGGGAGGUGCCUGGCCGGGCGAGGGGAAGAGAAGCGGGAAGAAAGCCAAGGAAGGGGAAAUCUUGGCACUCCGCCUUCAAAAGGCCCGAGAUUUGUAGGCUGCGACCCCAAGUUUCCGUGAGGGGGAGAGGUUUCAAAUGUCUUCAAGGAACGCACCAGCAGAACACAGACCAAGGCAGCCUGGUAGAUCUGUUCAUUAUGAUGAAGUGCACAUUGAUUCUCUUUCACAAGACAAUGCUGAAACUGAUUUUCAGGAUAAUGAGGAAAUACUGAAUGGUGCGUCCUUUCCACCACCUCCUCUACCAUUACAACCACCCUUUGGGCCUGAAUUUUAUCCCAGUGACAGUGAAGAACCAGCUGAGGUCUCUGAUCUCAAGCCAGUAAGAAAAUUUGUUCCAGACUCAUGGAAGAACUUCUUCAAAGGGAAGAAAAAUGAUCUUGAAUGGAAUAAACCAGUAUCUGCAAUUUCUGAUGGUGUUGAAUGCUCUCCACCCUCAUCACCUACUCUUACUCCGAAGCGAUCAGAACAAACUUCAGUUCCCAGCUCUUACCAAGAUCCAUAUGGAGGAUCAGGAGGAACCUACAAUUCACGCAAAGAAGCUGAAGCCAUGAUUCCACCUGAUCCUUAUGGGUCUUUGGAGCAGCAAACUCAAACGGCUCUGGCUUACAGUGAGAAAGUAGAAGCUUAUAAUCAGAGAUACUCUUACAUGAAAUCAUGGGCAGGGCUGCUUAGGAUCCUGGGUAUUGUUGAACUACUUUUAGGGGCAGGUGUGUUUGCCUGUGUCACAGCUUAUAUUCACAAAGACAAUGAAUGGUACAAUGCAUAUGGCUAUUCGCAACCAUAUAGCUAUGGGUCAAGCAGCAUGUAUGGAGGCUACUAUUACAGUGGACCUAAAACACCCUUUGUUCUUGUGGUAGCAGGACUUGCUUGGAUUGUGACUAUUAUCCUUCUGGCACUUGGCAUGUCAAUGUACUAUAGGACCAUUCUCCUAGAUUCCCACUGGUGGCCUUUAACUGAAUUUGGGAUCAAUGUUGCUUUGUUCAUUUUGUACAUGUCAGCUGCUAUAGUCUACGUAAAUGAUGCUAAUAGAGGAGGACUAUGCUACUACCCAUUAUUUAACUCACCAUUGAGUGCAUCAUUUUGCCGUAUAGAAGGAGGACAGACAGCAGGAAUGAUCUUCUUGUUUGUAACAACAAUUAUUUAUCUUAUUGGUGCAAUUAUUUGCCUAAAAUUGUGGAGGCACGAAAGUGCACGAAGGCACAGGGAAUUUUUGGAACAAGAGAUGAAGACACAAUCUUUUCAACCAAAAAGAAUGAAUGAAGAUGAAGGUGAUAGUCCCAAACAAGUAAAAUAUCAAAAGAAAAAUAAACCUUUGGAAAUUGAACCUGAACUGCUCAAUGGCCAUAUACCAGCAGGACAUAUUCCCAAGCCUAUAGUGAUGCCAGAUUACUUAGCAAAAUACCCAAUAAUUCGUAGAGAUGAGGAAAGAGACCGCUAUAAAGCUGUCUUUAAUGAUCAGUUUGCUGAAUAUAAAGAACUGUCUGCUGAGGUUCAUGCAGUCUUAAAGAAAUUUGAUGAGCUAGAUGCGCUGAUGAGGAAGCUUCCUCAGCAACCCGGAAACACCCUCGAACAUGAUAGAAUUUCAAAAGUAUUGCAAGAGUAUCAAAAGAAAAAGAACGAUCCUACCUUUCUGGAGAAAAAAGAACGUUGUGAAUACUUAAAGAACAAGCUUUCACACAUAAAACAAAAAAUUCAGGAAUAUGACAAAAUUAUGAAUUGGAAUAGCUAGUGGGACCAUAACUUGACAAGCACAGGUUUCUGUCUUAAAAAAAAUUAUUUAUUGCCACUGCUGUACAUAUUUUUGUUCUGUGAGCUCAAGUACUUAUUGGUCACAAUCUUCUGCUGGGCAGCUCCAUCCACAAGCCAGGUGCCCAGCUGUAGUGCUGCAGCUACACCACCACGCCUCUCCCAAAAGGGCUUCCUGGCAGCAUUAGGAGGCUGCAAAAAUGCAAAAGCCUCCCUGCCACCAAGCAGCCUCUUUGGGGCUGUUCAGACUUAAGCCACCAUUUUCAGUGGCUUCAGUCUGCACUGGACACUGCCGGCAUACAGUGGCAAAUAGCUGGGAGAGAGUUGAAGUCGGCCCCUCCCCCAACCACACUCCCCGACAACCCCCACUGCACCAAUGGAGGCAGGGCAGGUACUGGAACACUGGCGCCACAGUUGGUGCUGUGGCCCAGCACCAGGGGCGUGCAGUGGAAGCUGUGUGCCAGCAAAAUCGUUCUUCUGCCAGGGUAAGUGCCCCAGGGAGGGCGAAUCUGCCAACAUAGCUGGUGCGCCGUUCCCACAGCGAAUUUGGGGCCCCUGCUUUGGAUGGGGCUCUAAGUCUUCUAUUGACUACCUUUCCAUUGUUAUAUUGAAUGUAGUGUAAAUAAGAUUUUCUUACUACUUUUAUGUAUUUUUGUACUUUUUAUCAUGAUGCUCUUUCAAUCUUAUAUGGAUAAAUUUAGUUCUUAUCCCUUCCUUCUCUUAUUGCUUUAAAUAUUUUCAUUUCCAUAUUUGGAUAUACUAUUGUGAAUUGUUUUGUAUAAUUAUAGUUGAAAUAAUGAAUUUAAUAUGAACAAUCUAUAUAUCAGCUCCACACCCUUCUCUGUAAAUGCACAUGUUGACUGGACAUUGCUGAGUACACAUAACUGUGCAUGCUUAGCCAUCGAAAAGAUUGUGCUGCCAGCUUUGAUAAGGCUCAUUAUAUUUUUGGAGAGAUGUGAAAGUCUUCAUCCUUUGAAGAAAACAAUACCUGGAUUUACCAAAUCAGGCAAAGUGAAAAUGAAGAGUUAUUGUUCAUUUGGGUCUGUAGACACUUUUCAAUGAAGUGGGGAAAAACCUGAGUGUGCAAUGCUGAGUGCUAGAAACUCCUGGAAUAAUGAAGAAAGGAAAUUUUGUACAUGAGAUUGACAAAAAGAAGCUUGUGCCUAUAUAUGCAUUACAGUCUAUAAUGGAGGAAGGAAAUUCUUGUCCGUGGGAUUUUCAAAAAGAAGGGUUCUUCUGUAUACACAUUACAAUCUAGAAUAGUAAAGAAGCUGGCUGAUUAAAUGUCCAACUAUUUUUACGUUACUGAAUUUUAUAAAAUGCCUUCAUUCCUUCACAACAGCUGCAUAUUUAGCAUGGUGUUUUGAAACUACUAGAUCACUAUUGUGCUGUACCUUGGAUGCUGCAGAUGUGUUCUGUUUAAAUUUAGUGGGGGAAAUUGCCAUCCUGUUGUUACCAGUCUGCCUGAGAAUUGGAGAGACAUUUAUCUUCAAGAGUAUUAUUUUCUGAUCUUGCGCACAUAUAGUGAUGCUACAGAAGGAGAUAUCUGUUCUGUACUAUAUGCACCACUAAAUAGAUUGCAAUGCUAUCAGUUCUGGUAAUACUGUAAUCUCUGAUGGGGAAGAUGGGUUGAAUGAUAGUUUCCCCCACCCCCACCCCAGCAAAUAUCUUGCUUUGUACUUCAACGGCAGAUCUUCAAGCAAAAAAACUGUUUCUGUGUGUUGACUGCUGCUGCAGAACUCAGGUGCCUAAUUAGAAAUCCCCUGAAAUUUAUGCUUCUUUAGGGAAAGUCUUGUUGAUGAACAGUAUGUGCCUGUCUACACUGCAUCAUAAUUUUGCACACAAACAUUUUAAAGAGAGUCUUGUAGCCUGGGGCAAUCAGUUUUGACUUGUUGUGGUAUUUUACAGUUUUUUGAUAACUGAAAGUUUCUUUUUCUUUUUUACUUUCAGUUUAAUAUUGAAUAAGUUAUACAUUCUAGAAUCUAGAACAGCCAGAUCACUUCUAUUGAUCCAUUCAUUAUGACCACUGAAAACGUUAAGAAUAAAAAUGAAUAAACUAA